AUGGCGUCCAUGAAGCCCAAGUUGAAAGUGCUGAAAAAGCGUCGCUCCAGUCUUUUUGCGACAAUAAAACGGGAGAUGAGUUUCUCGCAGAGCAUUGAAGAACAAGAGGGCGAAUUCCCCUUCUCUCAGGACAGCUCUGUGAAAGCGUGGACGUCCAUGGACAACCUCGAUACACCAGAUGACAAAAAGAAAAAGAAAAGUCAGACUAAAGACCUACCAAACCCACGGCAAUCAAACAUUGUCAACCUGAAUGUUGGUGGAAAGGUGUUUCACAUCCCAAAGCAUCUGGUGCUCCGACACCCAAAAACAAGGAUUGGAGUCCUUGCCCUCUGUAAUGAUCCAGUCAAGCGGCUGACGCUCUGUGAUGAUUAUAAUGUUCAGAACAACGAGUUCUUCUUUGACAGGGACCCCAUGUUUUUCCACUACAUCUUCCACUUUUACUGCAGUAAUGUCCUGUGGGUGAUGGACAGUCUCUGCCCGGUAAACUUUGAAGAAGAGAUGACAUUUUGGGGGCUGAAACUGAAGGACACACCGAGGUGCUGCCGUAUUCUGUUUGAGGAGAAACUUGAUGACAUCAGAGAUCAGCUGAAGGUCAACCAAGAGCUCAUUGAUGAGAUUAAACCUCACCAAGACGACGAAGGAUAUAAAACAAUGUUUCUCGGAGAUUUUCGGAAGAUUCUCUGGGACUUGAUGGAGAACCCGUACUCUUCGCUUUCAGCCAAAGCCUUUGCUGUGUUUUCCAGUCUCUUUGUGCUUAUCUCUAUCGUUGCCAUGACAUUGAACACGGUAAAAGAACUGAGGGAUUACAAAGUUGGUGACAGAACCUACAUGGAGUGGAUAGAGAUUAGUUCCAUCCUUUUCUUCACCUUGGAGUACUUCCUGCGAUUAUUCACCACAUCCAACAUAAAAAAUUUUGUUAAGAGUGCCCUAAACUUUGUGGAUGUGGUUGCUGUCAUGCCCUACUUUGUCCAGAUCAUUUUCGAGGCGUUUGUUUUAGAUUCAGAAGACAUCAGCGCAAAGGAAGAUUUGAAGACCAUGUCGAGAGUCAGUAAAGUCAGCAAAGUGCUCAAAGUGGUCAAGUUGAUGCGUAUCUUCCGUAUUUUAAAACUGGCCCGUCACUCCACAGGGAUGAGGGCAUUUGGUUUCACCAUCCGGCAGUGCUCUGAACAGGUGUGCUGCCUGUUCCUGUUUAUCGCCAUGGGUAUCUUCACCUUCUCUGCUCUGAUGCACUCUGUGGAAGUGGAUCAACCAGGGACACCUUUCAGCAGCAUACCAGAUGCCUGGUGGUGGGCUGCGGUCAGCAUCUCCACCGUGGGCUAUGGAGACGUUGUCCCCAUCUCUUAUCUUGGCCGCUGCGUUGCAUUUGGCUGCAUCUCUUUUGGAAUCAUCCUCAACGGCAUGCCCAUCUCCAUUCUGUUCAACAAAUUUUCCGACUACUACGCCAAACUCAAGGAACAGGAGUACAGUGUUUCAAAUACAGAGCGCUCCUUCCAGCUCAGGAAACGUCUUCGGCGCAAGUGCGAGCACUGCUUUGAACCUCCGCUGGAGGAGUCCGAUGAUGAGAUUCACUAUCGGCCCAGCUGGAGGGAAACUAUCCACGAGAAUGAGGAUUAA